AUGCGGCUGCUUCUCCUCAUCGCUGUCAUCUCUUCUGCAGAAAUAGUCGCUGGGGGUGUCGACGGAAAGAGGUCGGAAGACUUGCCUACUGUGUCCGAUGUGGAUGGAGAACCGAAGGCCUCAAAAGCCUCGACCCCGAAAAAUGAUGGUCUCGGAUUCGAAUACACAGUUUUUUGCGUUCGAAACCCUGCUACUGCAUUGUCGAAGAACUUUUGUUCUGCGAACUAUCCGAGCUUGCGAGCUCUGAACUCAACUUCUUGCUCGGCGAAUCCAACUGGAUAUGCUCCAUUCCGCAAUCUGCGGAAAGAUGAUUGGAACGGAUGCUCAAAAUCAGAUGACUUGGACUUGAAGGGAAAAGUAGUUAUACUGAACGAUGCUGCCGAUUGCUCUUUGGACGAUAGGAUUGAAGUUCUCGAGGCCAUGGAUGCUAAAGGAUUGGUGUUGAUAACGUCCAAUGGAUCUGUUCCUGAAAUCCACAGUAACAAAUCCGGCACGAAAAUAACUUUGAUGGCUAUUUCAAGUCAGUCUUUGAAGGCGAUUGAGGGAAUGGGUUCAACUCUGGAAGUGAAUGCAUUUUCACCGACCCAUGGUUUCGACCCGAGUUUGCUUGUUGUCUUCACUUUGGCCGUGUUUUGCGUCGCCGUUGGAGCAUAUUGGAGUGGGCAUUAUCGUCAUAAGCUUUACUCGAGGCUUAGAGGAAGACCGGAAGAUUCUGCAAGUACUUCUGGUGCCGAGAAAUCGCAGAAUGCUGUCAAAGCAAGCAAGGCUCAGCACAAAACGGAAGAAGCUGUUUCCAUCGAUUUAACUCCCUUGACAGUAUUCAUGCUGGUUUUGGCAAUGUGUGGGAUGCUUGUUCUGCUGUACUACUUUUACUCGUAUAUCAUUUAUAUCAUUCUCGCGCUUUAUGGAAUUGCAUCGUCGUACGGACUAUCGGAGUGUCUCGGCUGUCUUUCUUUCUUCAACGUUGUCAAGCGUUUCAGCUGGCGG